AUGAAUGUCACAGGGCGACAAACAGAGGUUGCACGAGAAGAAGCCUCCGCAGAGGCUGGUCCUGGAGCCGCGACUACGAAUGCCGUACCUGCAAAUCAACUUAUGGAAGAUAUCGAGAACAACAGCACAUCCUCAGCUUCUACCAAACAUGAUGACCGAUCAAAGGGCAAGAUUGCUCUGAUCAUGACUGCUCUGGGCAUGGCCGUCUUCCUCGCUGCCCUCGACGUUACAAUUAUCACAACCGCACUUCCAACCAUUUCAGAGUAUUUCCACUCGGCUGCUGGAUACACUUGGAUUGGUUCCGCAUACCUGCUAGGAAAUGCCUCCAGUGUACCGUUAUGGGGCAAGAUCUCCGACAUCUUUGGACGCAAACCCAUCUUGAUCGUCGCAAACUUGAUGUUCCUCAUCGGUUCUCUGAUUGCCGCUCUCUCCAACAGCAUUGGUAUGCUCAUCGCUGCACGUGCCAUUCAAGGUGUGGGUGGCGGUGGUCUGGUCACUCUCGUCAACAUCUGCAUUAGCGACCUGUUCAGUCUGAGAAGAAGAGGCGCCUACUUUGGUAUCAUUGGAGGUGUUUGGGCAUUGGCUUCGGCCAUCGGACCAGUCAUCGGCGGUGUCUUCACCGAGAAGGUCUCAUGGAGAUGGUGUUUCUACAUCAACCUGCCCCUCGAUGGAGCGGCGCUUGUCAUCAUCUUCUUCUUCCUCGACUUGAAGACACCAAGGACCCCUCUCUUGGAGGGACUCAAAGCGAUUGACUGGAUUGGAGCCUUGCUUGUCAUCGGUGGUGUCCUCAUGUUCCUGUUCGGGCUUGAAUAUGGUGGUGUAACUUACCCUUGGGACUCGGCCACUGUUCUUUGUCUCAUCAUCAUGGGCGUGUUUACCAUGGUCUUGUUCUUCAUCAACGAGUGGAAGUUUGCCAAAUCACCAGUCAUGCCUCUGCGUAUCUUUCAGAACCGGAGCAACAUCGCCGUCCUUGGUGUAUGCGCCAUCCACGGUAUGGUCUUCAUCUCGGCUUCCUACUAUCUGCCUCUGUACUUCCAGGCCGCUCGUGGCGCAACACCUCUCUUGUCUGGUGUCUAUAUUCUUCCACAGGCUCUGUCUCUGUCCUUCGCCUCGAUGGCCACUGGUAUCUACAUCCGCAAGACAGGCCAAUACUUGCCAGCAAUCUGGUUUGGCAUGGUCUUCCUCGUCUUGGGCUUCGGGCUUUUUGUCGACUUCCAAGCCAACAGUAGUUGGGCUAAAUUGAUCAUCUUCCAGAUCAUUGCAGGAAUCGGAAUCGGUCCUAACUUCCAAGCCCCUCUGAUCGCCCUUCAAACCAAUGUCCAGCCCAGAGACAUCGCCACAGCAACCGCAACUUUCGGAUUCGUCCGCCAAAUCUUCACCUCCAUCUCCGUCGUCAUCGGCCAAGUCGUAUACCAAAACCAGAUGAACACAAAGACCGCCCGCCUUGUAGCAGCACUCGGUCCAGAAGUCGCAGGAAAACUGACAGGAGGCGGUGCUGGCGCCAACACCGAGCUCAUCGACAGCCUUCCCCGAGCACAAAAGCAGAUUGCGCAAAACGCAUUCGCUCAGAGCUUGCAUCCUAUGUGGAUCAUGUAUGUGUGCUUUGCUGCGCUGGGUCUGAUUGUGAGCUUGUUCAUCAAGAAGAAGGAGCUCAGCAAGAAGCAUACGGAGACAAAGACUGGACUUGACGUUCAGCGGGCGAAUGCUGCGGCACAAGCGCAAGAGGAUGCAGACAAGAAGAAUGCAAAGCAGGCUGCCCGGGAAAGAAAGUCCCACGAUAUUGAGAUGGGCGACGCACAAAACCACUGA